GCUGAGCUCAGUGCACAGAAGCAUUCUGCUUACCCAGCUGGGACUGCUGACUGCACCAUCGAGCACGCGGAUUGCACUGUUCUCAGCAGCUACACUGGAUUAUAUGCCACCUUUCUUACUGACUGAUUAUGAACUUAAAAAAAAAUUCACUCUGCUGCUGUGAAUUAUACAUUUAUUUUUAAGCAUUUAUUUCAACUCGAGAUGAGCGGUCUCUCCUGUAAAUUUCUCCCUGCUGGAUCUUUGCUCUGGUUUCUGAUGACAUAGUGUGAGUGCCGGCAGCCGCGAGCCUCAGAAGGAAAAUUACAAAGGGAAUACCCAGUAAAUAAUGUACUGCCUUUUGCAUCAGUAGCCUGCUUGGAAAUGUUCAAAUUAUCAGCCCAGGAGACUCUAGUGCUGUGGACAUGGGUCUGAACGAAUUGAUCACCCAGGGGCUACUGAGAACGCGGUGCUCUGUCCACCAUGGAGCCCUUGUGUCCACUCCUGCUGGUGGGUUUUAGCUUGCCGCUCGCCAGGGCUCUCAGGGGCAACGAGACCACUGCCGACAGCAACGAGACCACCACGACCUCAGGCCCUCCGGACCCGGGCGCCUCCCAGCCGCUGGCCUGGCUGCUACUGCCGCUGCUGCUGCUCCUCCUUGUGCUCCUUCUCGCCGCCUACUUCUUCAGGUUCAGGAAGCAGAGGAAAGCUGUGGUCAGCGCCAGCGACAAGAAGAUGCCCAACGGAAUCUUGGAGGAGCAAGAGCAGCAAAGGGUGAUGCUGCUCAGCAGGUCGCCCUCAGGGCCCAAGAAGUACUUUCCCAUCCCCGUGGAGCACCUGGAGGAGGAGAUCCGUAUCAGAUCCGCCGACGACUGCAAGCAGUUUCGGGAGGAGUUCAACUCAUUGCCAUCUGGACACAUACAAGGAACUUUUGAACUGGCAAAUAAAGAAGAAAACAGAGAAAAAAACAGAUAUCCCAACAUCCUUCCCAAUGACCAUUCUAGGGUGAUUCUGAGCCAAGUGGAUGGAAUUCCCAGUUCGGACUACAUCAAUGCUUCCUACAUAGAUGGUUACAAAGAGAAGAAUAAAUUCAUAGCAGCUCAAGGCCCCAAACAGGAAACGGUUAACGACUUCUGGAGAAUGGUCUGGGAGCAAAAGUCUGCGACCAUCGUCAUGUUAACGAACUUGAAAGAAAGGAAAGAGGAAAAGUGCCAUCAGUACUGGCCCGACCAAGGCUGCUGGACCUAUGGAAACAUCCGGGUGUGCGUGGAGGACUGCGUGGUUUUGGUCGACUACACCAUCCGGAAGUUCUGCAUACAGCCACAGCUCCCCGACGGCUGCAAAGCCCCCAGGCUGGUCUCACAGCUGCACUUCACCAGCUGGCCCGACUUCGGAGUGCCUUUUACCCCCAUUGGGAUGCUGAAGUUCCUCAAGAAAGUAAAGACGCUCAACCCAGUGCACGCUGGGCCCAUCGUGGUCCACUGUAGCGCGGGCGUGGGCCGGACGGGCACCUUCAUUGUGAUCGAUGCCAUGAUGGCCAUGAUGCACGCGGAGCAGAAGGUGGAUGUGUUUGAAUUUGUGUCUCGAAUCCGUAAUCAGCGCCCUCAGAUGGUUCAAACAGAUAUGCAGUACACGUUCAUCUACCAAGCCUUACUCGAGUACUACCUCUACGGGGACACAGAGCUGGAUGUGUCCUCCCUGGAGAAGCACCUGCAGACCAUGCACGGCACCACCACCCACUUCGACAAGAUCGGGCUGGAGGAGGAGUUCAGGAAAUUGACAAAUGUCCGGAUCAUGAAGGAGAACAUGAGGACGGGCAACUUGCCGGCAAACAUGAAGAAGGCCAGGGUCAUCCAGAUCAUCCCGUAUGACUUCAACCGAGUGAUCCUUUCCAUGAAAAGGGGUCAAGAAUACACAGACUACAUCAACGCAUCCUUCAUAGACGGCUACCGUCAGAAGGACUAUUUCAUCGCCACCCAGGGGCCACUGGCACACACGGUUGAGGACUUCUGGAGGAUGAUCUGGGAGUGGAAAUCCCACACUAUUGUGAUGCUGACGGAGGUGCAGGAGAGAGAGCAGGAUAAAUGCUACCAGUAUUGGCCAACUGAGGGCUCAGUUACUCAUGGAGAAAUAACGAUUGAGAUAAAGAAUGAUACCCUUUCAGAAGCCAUCAGUGUACGAGACUUCCUGGUCACUCUCAAUCAGCCCCAGGCCCGCCAGGAGGAGCAGGUCCGUGUAGUGCGCCAGUUUCACUUCCACGGCUGGCCUGAGAUCGGGAUUCCGGCCGAGGGCAAAGGCAUGAUUGACCUCAUCGCAGCCGUGCAGAAGCAGCAGCAGCAGACGGGCAACCACCCCAUCACCGUGCACUGCAGUGCCGGAGCUGGGCGAACAGGUACAUUCAUAGCCCUCAGCAACAUUUUGGAGCGAGUAAAAGCCGAGGGACUUUUAGAUGUAUUUCAAGCUGUGAAGAGUUUACGACUUCAGAGACCACAUAUGGUGCAAACCCUGGAACAGUAUGAAUUCUGCUACAAAGUGGUACAAGAUUUUAUUGAUAUAUUUUCUGAUUAUGCUAAUUUCAAAUGAAGAUUCCUGCCUUAAAAUAUUUUUUAAUUUAAUGGUCAGUAUAUUUUGUAAAAAUCAUGUUAAUUUAUUUCAUAGUUGACAUUAAUAUCUUCCCUAAUUUCUUUGUAUAUAUUUUGUUAUGCCUUAAAGGCCACCUGCUAUAAAGUUGUUAAAUCUUAAAUAUGCUUUUUAAAAAUUGGAAUAAUGUAUUAAGGUCAAAUAAUAUCCCAUAAAAUAUAUAUUUCUGCUAAUAUUAGUAAAUAUCUUAAUUUUUCAUUAGAUUCUUAUCAUUUAAUUUCACACAUUCAACACCUUUAAAUGUUGUAAUCUUAAUAUGCGAAGUGUGCCUCUGCAAGAUACUAAACACAAAGCUCACGUUAAGAAAACAGUUGAAGACUCAGAAGUCAGUUGAAAAUGCACUUUCCUAACAGUGAUUUCACAACCCCGAACAGCAGCAUUUUUGGGAGGCCAACUGUUCAUGAUGAUACAAUGUAAAUGGGGACUUCUGUAAAGUUCUCAGUUUGGGCCCAUGUGGUUUAUCUUUACAUUUUAAAGAUCAAAGAAGUCUUUACAACCUGAAUCCAGGUCUAAAACACACUAGAGUAGCUGGUGAUUAUAAGUAAUAUUUUAAAAUGCUGUGUCUACACCAUGAAGACUGCGUCUACACUAUCUUGGCUGGACGAGAAGAGAUGUAAAUGCUGGGUGGUCCCGUUGACCCACGGCCUUGGGUACAACAAAACCAGCCAUCGGAGUUGCACCCUGAAGCACCACUUGCUGUCCAGCUGCCUGUCGUUUGGCCCAGACAACCCUCAGAAAAUCAAACCAGCUGCCUCUCCCAUUCUCCCCUCCCGUUCUGCCACAGCGGCCUGUGCUGGUCCAGUGCUAUGCCUGGAGGCUCAACACGAAACUUCCCAUCCAAACGUUCAGAUGAACUGAGCGUCUUACACACGCAGUACAGAGGAGCACACAUUGGGAUAGAAACAGUAGAAUAACCACAGGCAAUUAAACUUUAAAUUUUCUGAGCAGCAUUUUGGUAUUUAAACAUUUCUUGUAAAAAGCUAAGAUUGUUUGUAAGGAAAGAAUCCUUAAAAUCUAGAUUUAUACCAUUUUUUGAAGUCCCACCUUUCAAUGUUUAAUAAAAGAAAAAGAGAAAUCCUUAAUCUAAAAGCUAAGUUAUUUUUGAAUGGAAAUACUACUGGGACCAUUGACACUGGAUAACAGUAAUGAUCCCAUUGCCAGGUAAGAUUGGCUGAUGGGAAAAAAAAAAAAAGAAUGGGGUGUGAAUGUACCAACAUUGAAUUUUAUAGCAGUUAUGUUUCUAUGGCCAUUAGGUACCUAGCAGAUGAGCACAAUAUAAACAAGAUAUCUGGCCUACCUUACUACUAAGAGCAUUUAACACGUGCAUUUUUGGUACUUUCGUUUUCUAAAAGCUAUAUAAAGGCCUUAUUUGACAUUUUCACUGAUAACUGAUCGCACCCUCGUGUUGCAGUGUUCGUCCCCUAUUCAUUAAUGGUGUGUGCAAAUGCAACCCCAGGACACAUUAUUGUUCUGAUAGAGGCUCACAGGGAAUCAAGCUUCUCGUCCACUCCAUGGCUCCGAGCCCCAUCCAAGGGCAAGACUUGGUGCCCAGCUGGAAGGACGAAAGCACACUUUGUGACCGCCAUCCUCACCAGCUGCACGCCUGGGCUGCACACUGCUGAAUGUGUUUCUCUCUCCUUCUCUGUACAAUGAUUCAGCAUCUCGGUGGAAGAGGAAAAUGGAGCUUUUUGAGGCUCGCCAGGUCCCUUUAGUUUUCACUGUUAAAAUUCCAAACCCAAAGGCUUUUUUUGACUGAAGGAGAAGGGAGGGAAGUAAGCUUCUGUUCAGCACCUGAACCCUAGAAACACAGCCAGUUUGCUAUGAUGAAGGUGACGUUUCUCUGGUCAUUUAUUUGAGAGUUCGAAGUCAGAGUCGAGGGGCACAGGCUUUGGUUCAUGUCUAGGAGCCCUCUGUCAGAAUCCUUGAAGCCCUUUAAUGGUCUAACUGGCAUCUCUUGUAUCAAGAAGUACCUUUAAGGUAGACCUUUUCAGUGUGCCCUCAGGAAAGGGCCCUGCUCAUGAUUUUUUCCUGUCCCCUGAGACCAACCCCAGGUGUCCGCUGCAGGGGUUCUGCCUGUUCCCAAACCUUUUCCAUUCCAGGAACAGAGGAGAAGCCACUUUCCCCAGGACACAGGACUCUCCCCUCCACUGUCCGGGGCAGCGUUCGCCCUUUAGUGGGGAAGUCAUUACAGCCUCAUGGCCUCUACCAAGGCUCCAGUUCACACGAUCUCUUGGGCCUUGGAGCACCUCACACUGGGGGAAUCAAUCCCUGGGGGACUCAGAAUCUUCUCUGUGCAACCUGGAAAGUUCAUCUCUUCUUUCCUUCAGUCAAAGAAAGUCCAUUGUACAUAACAAAACAGCCCCAAACAGCCCAGUGCCAACACCGUUGUUCCUUUCACAUUUUCCUUUGUUGCAUGCAGUUGGGUUCAAAUGCCAAAUAGUGAUUAGAAGACGACCAUUCUGAUCUGUGUGUGAUCUGGUCACUGUGUGACUGCCUUUACGGUUUCUCUCCAUGUGCUAUAUGAAUGAAGAAUGCAUAUCAGUGUUUUAAAAGGUAUUUUUAUGUGUUUUUAAACACUUUUUUAAAUGAGCCUGACACCUGUGUUUCAGCAUUUGGAGACAUCCCCAUGUUAUUCUUUUAAGUGUAUAAUUACUGAUACUUUUUCGUUUGUUUAACUCAGUUGUGUUUAAUUUAUGUGCAAUCUUUAUAUGUGUUAUUACAGUUUCAACUAUCAUAUUUUCUUUGAUUACAUUUAUAAUUUGAUCUUGCUCUGAUUAUAAUGUCAGUGAAUGUUGCUGAAUUCUUUGUAUAUGCAAAUUGCAAGAUUUAAACCAUUCUGAUGCAAGGAUAAACCUUUACUUUGACUACCA